UUUCUGCCAGUGAAAAUGAUGAAGGAAACCUUUUUCAACCCGGAGAAAAACUCCGUAAUGGGAUAUAUUCUUCGCAUGGAAGAAAUUGCUAUGCGUGCCGACUUCGAAGAGAAAUUGACAGUGCAGUUCAUCAUUGAUGGUUUUCGUGAUCGAUCUUCCAGUAUCGCCUUAUUGUAUUCAGCGUCGACCAUCGGAAAACUUAAGGAGCUAGCUCGACAAUACGAGGCUUUAAGGAAGAGUACCCAGACGAAUUUUAAGCGCACUGGGAUGACCGCUUCCGGAAAUGACCGGAGCCAGGUGCGCUGCUAUAAUUGUUCAGCACAUGGCCAUUAUGCUUCAUCGUGUCCCGCACCUAAGCGGGAGAAGGGAUCGUGUUUCCAGUGUGGAUCCAUGCAGCACCAGGUGAAGGAUUGCCAACAGAAGCCUAUGCCAACCCAGCGAUCCGUGGGUACAGCCAGCAACCCGCCAAUGGACGACAGAGAGGAGAACAAUAUUUUUGUUCCUAUUGUUAAUCAGCGCUAUUAAUUUGAUGCAGCGCUCGGCGAUACCUUAUGAAAAUUUUGAUGGUGUACUAAGGCCGACAGAGUAUUUUGGAGUUAACGGUUCGAGAAUAAGCAUUUUUGGAAAAAUAAUUGUCAAUUUAGUUUUUCAUAACAU